CCUCCCCCCCCCACACACACACACACACACACACACACACACAACCCCGCCAUGGCUUUUUCCCAGCUGGGAUACCAGUACAUUCGCCCGAUCUACCCGUCGGAUCGCCAGGGGAACGGCGCCUCCCGCAACGGGGCAGACCUCAGCCCGUCGGGGACUCUCUCCAACGUGCUCUCCUCCAUGUACGGAGCGCCGUACGCCGCAGCCGCGGCUGCCCAGGGAUACGGAGCCUUUUUGCCCUACACCGCCGAGCUACCCAUCUUCCCGCAGCUGGGGGCCCAGUAUGAGCUGAAGGACAGCCCCGGAGUCCAGCACCCGGCCUUUCCUCACCACCACCCGGCUUUCUAUCCCUAUGGGCAGUACCAGUUCGGGGACCCGUCCAGGCCCAAGAACGCCACCCGGGAGAGUACCAGCACCCUCAAGGCCUGGCUGAACGAGCACCGGAAGAACCCGUACCCCACCAAGGGCGAGAAGAUCAUGCUGGCCAUCAUCACCAAGAUGACCCUCACGCAGGUCUCCACCUGGUUCGCCAACGCCCGGCGGCGCCUCAAGAAGGAGAACAAGAUGACCUGGGCGCCCCGCAGCCGCACCGACGAGGAGGGCAACUCCUACGGCAGCGAGCACGACGAGGAGGACGGCGAGGGCGACAAGCGCGACCCCGACGACGAAGAGAUCGACCUGGAGAACAUCGACACGGAGAACAUGGAGAGCGGCGGCCCGCCCGGCGGGGUCCCCACAGCGGGGCAGCUUCUCCUGGAGGGGGAAGAGGACGAGGAGGACGAUGACGACGAGGAGGAGGAGGAGGAGGACGAGUUGCCGCCUGAGGUCGCGGCGCUGCUGCCCUCGGACGCCAAGACCACCGACUCGGAGGCUUCCGACGGCUUCGAGGACUUGCCCGGCGCGCAGGAGCGCUUUCUGAGGGCCCUCGAGGCCAGGCAGCGCGCCCCGGCCGGCCUGCAGCUGCAACCGCCGCCGCCACCCCGUCCCUCGCCCCCAGCGUCCCCCCCGACGGCGCCCAGCCCGCCUUUACAGCCGCCGCCGCCGGCACAGCCCCAGCCGUCGAAGCCCAAGAUCUGGUCCUUAGCAGAGACAGCCACCAGCCCGGAUCACCCUUCGCGGAAAUCGCCCCCCAGCGGCUGCUCGCCCCCCGCCGCAGCGGCGGCCCCGCAGAGCCUGCAGCUGGUGGGAGCCCCCCACCCUCCUCCGACGGCGGCGGCGGCCCCCCCUGCGGCCCCGGGCCCCGCACACAGACUCGUCUCGUCGUGCCCGCUGGGCAAGUUCGCCAGCUGGUCCAGCAGGGCCUUCUCCGCACAUCCCCACCACCACCACCACCACCCGCACCCGCUCACCUUACUGAGCACCCCUCACCUCCUGGGACUCGGGGGGGCCAACCCCAGCACGGCCCCCAACGCCGCCGCUGCCAUCGCGGCUUUCUCCAGACCCGUGGACCAAGCGCAGAGCGCGGAAUCCUCCGGAACAGAUCGAUCUAGUGCCUUGGAAGUAGAGAAAAAGUUAAUAAAGACAGCUUUCCAACCAGUUCAGAGGCGGCCUCAGAACCAACUUGAUGCAGCUAUGGUUCUAUCUGCAUUGUCAUCAUCAUAGUUAAUUUUUUUUUAAAAAAAAUGUUCUAAUGAUUGUAAAAUAAAAUUCUCUGUAUAGUUACAACUUGUACGCAUGUCCAUGUAUUAAAUGAGGUGGGGGGGGUACAAAAACCAAGAAAAAAAACUGCUUCUAUGCUAUCAUCUGGAUUAGCUGAAGUUGUGAGGUUUUUUUUGGAAGUCCAGUGAGAAAUAGGUGUCUCCGUUUUUUUUGUUUGUAUAUAUAGUAAAAAAAAAUGUACAUAAGUGUGAACCAAAUUGUACAAGAAAGUAUAUAUUUUUGGCUAAUAAACUGUUGCAACUUUGACUACAA